AUGUCGAAGAGGAAGCUUGAAGAAGACAGUCCCGGAUUCGACAACUUUCCUCCUCUCCUGUCUGUGACGCCAAGCCCAGAUCCGAAGUACGUGAAUGAUGCCGUGAAUCAAAUCGCAAAAUUGGCGUUUCUCAGCGCACGUUACAGUGACAUGAAGCUCAUCUGCGGAGACGAGGUCCUUCACGCCCAUAAACUGAUAGUCUGCCCUCAGUCAAAAUACUUCUACAGAGCUUGUUCCAGUGGAUUCAAGGAGGCGACUGAACCAUUCCAAUUCCCGGACAAAGAGCCAGCCCUGAUGAAGAAAGUCUUGGAAUACCUCUACACUGGCACAUACACCGUUUAUUUUAAACAGUCGAAUGCGCAUCACAAAGUGUAUGCUUCGAGUCUCGGCAGCUCGGUAAUGGGUCAGUCUAACGCGGUUGAGAUGAGGAGGCACCUUUUUGAGCCUUUUCCAAUCUCAACUCAAUGGGCUGCCGCUACCUCGGUCAAUGUUGAUGCCGGCCAAGGACCCAACGAUGGAGGUUCGGACAACGACUUUACAGCGUCCUGCCUCAGAAACGCAGCAUAUUUUCACGCUCGCAUGUUUGCUGAAGCCGAUUAUUUCUUGAUCGGUGAUCUGAGGCAGAAAGCAAAGAACCUGUUCAGUAACCUUUUUGCGUUCAAUAUGAGGAAGGAGAUCAUCCAGGAGGCAGUCGAAGAGCUCUAUUCGCAUCGUGGCAACUACCAAGAACUGAAAGAAAUUGCAAUCGGCAAGCUGGUGAAGCUCUUGAGAGAUCCUAAUAUCAAGAAUGACUCACUCUUGUCCCUCGACUUUAUGAAAUCUGUCCCCGAAUUCGAGCAUGAUCUGUGUGCGGCGCUGAUCCAGCUUGCUGACCAACCUCUUGACGUCCUGGAAACGCUAAGGCGCAGCAGGGGGUUCUAA